AUGAACCUCAUUCUCGUGAAACGCGACGACAUAAGGGAGGCCGACGGUCACAUGUACGUCGACAUAACGGACAAGCGCAGAAUCGCACAUAUACGUUACGUGCUGAAGGCGGAUGUUGGCAAGGAACUGAAGUUUGGUGUCGUCAACUCAACACUGGACUCAGCAACUGUCACAGCUGUUGACCCAAAGGUCAUAACGCUGCGCCUGUCCGACGCCUUUCGCUGCCAUAAGCUGCCGCAGCAGCCGGUGAUCGACCUUGUCGUUGGCCUCCCGAGACCCAAGUCGCUGGACAAGCUAUUACAGGUAAAAUGGGCUUGUGCUGGCCACAUCCUGAUGCAGUAUGCAGCCAGCAUUGGCGUUGCACGUAUAAAGCUUGUCUGCUCCUCGCGCGUUGAACUGGAUUACCUCAAAUCGCACCAGCUCGAACCCGAGAGCAUCGAGCACUCCUUGAUGCUCGGCAUGGAGCAGGGAGUGACCACCUUCAUGCCCGAUAUCCAGCUAUUCAAGUCCAUGGGGGCACUUCAACGAGACCUGGACAAGAGCCAAUACAGCCUCAGAAUCAUCGCACACCCGGGAACUCCGGAGACACUGGGGUCGUUGCAGAUAGUUCAGCAUGAAAGCGGUCCCAUCCUGGUCGCCAUCGGCCCGGAGGGCGGCUGGCUCGAGAGCGAAGUGGAAUUUUAUGAAAACUUGGGAUUCAAAAAGUUCAACAUUGGGGAGCGCAUCCUCAGGGCGGAAGUCGCGGCUGUUGCCAUUCUCUCCCAGCUGCAGCUGCUGUUGACGGACCCCACCUUGCGUAGGGGAUUACCACCGGCGACACGGGGUAGCGAUGUGGGUCCAGACCUCAAAUAG